AUGGCCAAAGGCUCCUUGGUCGGUAACAUAGCUCAGGAUUUAAGUUUGGAUGUGAAACGACUACAAGCGGGUAAAGCUCGCAUCCACACCGGAGACAAUACAGAAUACAUUCAGCUGAACAAGGAAAAAGGACUCCUCUUCGUCAAAGAAAAAAUAGACCGCGAAGCUCUCUGUGGCCAGACAACGCCUUGUGCUUUACAUUUUCAGAUUGCUUUAGAAAGCCCCAUAGAAAUAUUCUCAGUUACUGUAGAAAUCACGGAUAUUAAUGACAAUGCUCCUAUAUUCCAAAAGGAAGAGAGAAGAUUUGAAAUAAGCGAGACUGCUGUCAUCGGCUCUAAAUUCAUGCUAGAGAAAGCAAUAGACCCAGAUAUAGGAAAAAAUAGUCUUCAGAGCUAUACACUGAAACCCAAUGACAAUUUUAUCCUUAAAUUACACAGUCAGACUGACGGUGGUAAAAAGAUUGAGAUGGUUUUACAAAAACCUUUGGAUAGAGAGAAACAGGAGUUUGUAUCAUUGUUGUUAACGGCUGUUGAUGGAGGAGAGCCGCGGCGGUCAGGGACAAUGCAAAUUCAUAUUACAGUAUUAGAUGCUAAUGAUAAUGCUCCUGUUUUUACGCAGAACGUUUAUAAAGCGUCUGUUCAAGAGAACUCGGUCAAGGGAACAAUCAUUACCAAAGUGAGUGCUUCAGAUGCAGACAAAGGUUCGAAUGGAGAGGUAAGCUAUGUAAUAGAAAAUGGUAUUGGGGAUAUUUCAAACAUUUUUCGCAUCAGUGAUGAUGGGAGUCUGACACUAAAUGGCCCCAUCGAUUAUGAAAAAGCCAAAAAGUAUGAAAUUGAUAUAGAGGCAGUGGACAAAGGGGGGCUAUCUGAUUCAAGCAAAGUCCUAGUUGACAUUGUUGACAUAAAUGACAACAGCCCUGUUAUAAAUAUAAUUUCAUCAUCAAAUUCAGUAAGAGAAGAUUCAGCUUCAAACACAGUGGUAGCUGUAAUGAGUGUUAAUGAUCCAGAUUCUGACGACAAUGGAAAAGUGCGAUGCGCAAUUGAGAAAAAUACACCUUUUACGAUUAUUUCUACAUCCAGUCGCCUUUAUAGCUUAGUAACAGACACUGAUUUAGACAAGGAAGCAGCCUCUGAAUAUAACAUUACGAUAACCUGUUCAGAUGAGGGCGUGCCCUCCCUCUCUAGCAGCGUCACUCUCACCUUACAGAUCUCUGAUGUGAAUGACAACGCACCUGUCUUUGAGAGGAGCUCAUAUGAGGCCUACAUUGUAGAAAACAACACACCCGGUCUCUCUAUAUUCAAAGUGAAAGCUACAGACGCUGAUUGGAACCAGAAUGCGCGUGUUUCUUACAUACUGGAGGACUCCUCUGUUAACGGAGUGCCAGUCUCCUCAUAUGUGUCCGUUAGUGCUGAUAGUGGAGUCAUCCAUGCAGUGCGCUCUUUUGACUACGAGCAGAUCAAAGAUUUCCAGUUCCGCAUCAAAGCGCAGGAUGGAGGAUCUCCUCCACUUAGCAACAACGUGACUGUAAAAAUACUUAUCCAGGACCAGAACGAUAACCCUCCUCAGGUUCUGUACCCAGUCCAGACUGGUGGCUCUGUGGUGGCUGAAAUGGUUCCUCGUUCAGCAGAUGUGGGUUAUCUGGUCACUAAAGUGGUGGCUGUUGAUGUGGACUCUGGACAGAAUGCCUGGCUCUCCUAUAAACUCCAGAAAUCCACAGACAGGGCGCUGUUUGAAGUGGGCUUACAGAAUGGAGAAAUAAGAACUAUCCGCCAAGUGACUGAUAAAGAUGCUGUCAAACAAAGACUGACUGUUAUCGUGGAGGACAACGGACAGCCCUCUCGUUCAGCUACAGUCAUUGUUAACGUGGCGGUGGCGGACAGCUUCCCUGAAGUGCUGUCGGAGUUCACUGACUUCACACACGACAAGGAGUACAAUGAUAACCUGACUUUUUAUUUGGUGUUGGCUCUGGCUGUAGUUUCCUUCCUCUUCAUCACGUGUUUAGUUGUUAUUAUAUCAGUGAAAAUCUACAGAUGGAGACAGUCUCGCAUCCUGUACCACUCCAACCUCCCUGUGAUUCCAUAUUAUCCUCCACGUUACUCAGACACUAUGGGGACUGGAACUCUUCCACAUGUGUACAAUUACGAGGUGUGCAGGACUACUGACUCCAGAAAGAGUGACUGUAAGUUCGGCAUGGCUGGUAGUCAGAACGUGCUGAUAAUAGACCCCAGUUCUACAGGAACGAUGCAGAGGAUACAGAGUGAAAAGAGCAUCCUGGACGAACCAGACUCUCCUCUAGAGGUUAGAGUGUUACAAUUGUGA